AUGCCAUCUCAAAAAGAACUGACGGCCGCUAAAAGGCCGCGCGGCUAUUCAGAAGGAUGGGUGGCUACUGUUGAUGCAGUACCAGUCUCAGCAGUGCUGUGGCUAGACAGCAAAUCUGUUGUUCUCGCAUCUUCUUUUGUCGGUGAACAACCUAAAUAUAAAGUAAAACGUUUCUGUAAGAAACGUAAACAAUACACAGAAGUCAACGCCCCAAAUAUUAUUGGACAUUACAAUCGGCAUAUGGGCGGAGUAGAUCUCCUUGACUCUUUCAUAGGAAAACACAAAAUAAAAAUGCGUACAAGAAAGUGGUACAUGAGAAUAUUCUAUCAUUUGCUAGAUGUGAUGCUGAUAAAUAGCUGGCUUUUAUAUAAAAGAGUAGAGACGCAGAGGGAAAACACAAAAAUGAUGAAGUUACGAGAAUUCCGACUGGAGGUGGCCAAAGCAUUGUGUUGGUGUGGACCGUCAAUAAUAAAGAAGAGAGGAAGACCCCCCUCAUUUGUAUCUGACAUGCUUGAUGAAAGAAUCAAAAGGAAGCCAAAACUCAAUGUACCACCAAAAGAUGUCAGGACCGAUGGAAUGGAACACUUUCCUAUUUGGUCUAACAUUAGGAAGCGAUGUAAGUUACCUGCUUGUAAGGGGAAAUCUUUUGUAAUUUGCCAGAAAUGUAACCAGGCACUCUGUCUCAACAAGGACAAGAACUGUUUUUUGUCAUUCCACAAAUAG